CAUCAAUUCAUUUCCUCUAAAAAUAUGGCAAUGCCUAUCUAGCAAAGUCAGCUGUUAUACAGAGUUAAAAUUUUAGUACUCUCCUUUUCUACUACCUUUUAGUACAUCCCUUCUUAGUUUUUGUUGUUGCGCCAGUGUGAUUUUUCAUUAAAGUUGUGGUAGCUGAAUAAAUUAAAAUAAAUUGUUCUGCGAAUUGUCAUAGAAAUCAUUGCUCCUGCUGGCAUAUAUAAAAUAAAUGUAGACGAAUGUAAAUAAUUCUCGUAUAGUUCUUGAGUUGUUUGGAUGUGUUUUUUCAUGCUCUUACAACGUUGUGCAAGUGUUUAUAAAUUAAAAUUUUAAGUUGUGCCGACACGAAAAUCAAUUGAAGUAGGCGUGAAGAAAAAUUCGAAAUAUUGAAAAAAAAUUAACAUAAAAUCAUUAUACAAUUUUACAAUCUGAAAAUAUUUUUUACCAAACGCAAUAAAAUCAAUUAGUGUUUAAAGCAGCUGUCACAGAUUCAUUGAAAAAAAGAAAGUAUUUGAAAUGAGUGAAAAAGUGAGCCAGCCGCUGACCAAUGAAACCAGCUACGCCCAGGUGGCGACCGGCCUUAGUAAUAACAAUCGCCAAAGUCAAGAUCAGCAGCAACAAACUACUGACCAACAUUCAGUUGAGAAAAAAGAAGUACGCGUCUGGUGUGAUGGAUGCUAUGAUAUGGUGCAUUUUGGCCAUGCCAAUUCCCUGCGACAAGCCAAAGCGCUUGGCGACAAAGUCAUCGUGGGCAUACACACCGACGAGGAGAUCACAAAACAUAAAGGACCACCCGUAUUUACGGAGGAGGAACGCGUCAAAAUGGUCAAGGGCAUCAAGUGGGUGGAUGAGGUGGUGCUCGGUGCGCCCUAUGUGACAACACUCGAAGUGCUCGACGAAUAUAAUUGUGAUUUUUGUGUGCAUGGCGAUGACAUCACUAUGACCGCAGAAGGCGUGGACACAUACCACCUUGUGAAGUUUGCCAACCGCUACAAAGAAGUACGUCGCACUGCUGGUGUUUCAACGACAGAUUUGGUCGGACGUAUGUUAUUAUUGACACGCAAUCACUUCCAUCAAGGCUCUGCCGAAUAUGCCAUAGAGAAAGAAGACUUAACUAAAAAAGUACAAAAAAUGAAAUUAUCAUCAGGUUCAUCUAAUAUGGGACAAGACUCAUCAGCGAAAAGCCCGUGGACCGGCUGCAGUCAAUUUUUGCCAACAACACAGAAGAUCAUACAAUUCAGCGAUGGCAAGCCACCAAAGCCGAAUGACAAAAUUGUGUACGUGGCUGGCGCUUUCGAUCUCUUUCAUGUGGGCCAUUUAGAUUUCUUGGAGAAGGCCAGCGAGUUGGGUGAUUACUUGAUUGUUGGUCUGCAUACAGAUCCCGUGGUGAAUUCGUACAAGGGUAGCAAUUAUCCCAUUAUGAAUUUGCAUGAACGCGUGCUCAGUGUGCUGGCGUGUAAGUACGUCAACGAGGUGGUUAUCGGCGCACCCUAUUGUGUCACCGAAGAUCUGCUCGAUCAUUUCAAAAUCGAUGUUGUUUGCCACGGCCAGACACCGAUUGCGUUCGAAGAUGGCAAAAUCGAUCCUUAUGCUGUACCAAAGACACGUGGCAUCUUCACGCUCAUCGACUCACAAAACUCAAUGACAACCGAACUUAUUGUGGAACGUAUUAUUUCACAUCGUAUCGAAUAUGAGCGCCGCAACAAAGCCAAAGAGAAGAAGGAAUGUGAGGCAUUCGAAGCGCUGCAGCGUGCCAAGCAAACACAGAAAGCUGGUUAGGAUUAGGCCAACAAGCCGACGGGUCAGUGUGUACACGAGUGCAAUGCCCUUUAAGCCAUUACCCCUGUGCUUUUAUACAUUUAGCAUUAGAUAGCGCAUAAGAAGUUUAGAGUAAAAUGCGAGACGCGCACAUACUGAACCCGCUCGGUUGAAAAACGCUAUGCAGCAGCGCAAACGCCUACAACAACAUUUUUUUUUUGUUGAAGACUUGUGCUUUUUAAGUUUUAUAUUGUAGUAGUGUAUUUUUAAUGUUAUGUUUACAUUUAACUCGCAUUAUUUUAUAUAGCACCACCAUUUUGUGUGUGUUUCGUGUGUAUACGUAUGUGCAUUGCUAGUACAAAUCGUAGUAGUGAUAUAUGCAGUUGUUAGCGUGCAGUUUUAUUUUUUAGAAAAUUACCAUUUUGCAAACUUUUUCCAAUUAUGGUUUACAGAUAAUGCAAUAUUUAUAAAACAUGCUCAAGUUGAAUAUAAUUUUUUUAGUCUAACCGAAAUUGUAUGUAUGAACGUAUAGCAUAUUUCUUAGUUAGCUUCUGUUGUCAAUGUAAAUACAAAACCCACAUAUUAGUUAUAAUUUGAAAAAAUAUGCAAAAUUUGUAGUAGAAAUUCUAACUGUAAAUUUUCCAUAUAAUUGCUGGCAAAUAUACACGAAGUAGCUUCGUGUUGAACACGUUUAUGCUAAGUUAGUGAAAAUACUAGUAUAACGUAUAUGGCUUGCAAUCAAGUCUCAUGCCAAAUAGUAGUAUAAUAACUGUAUAACGUGGCAGAAAUAUAUUUUUUACUGCAACAUUUACAAAAUAUGAAUGAAAAUAUAAUUUUCGAAAUGCGA